UCGGAGACGAGCGAGCUGAUUGGGAGGUGGAGUUCUGGCAGGUUCCAGAAGAAGACGAGCGGUCACUAUAAAAGACAGUGAGCUGGCGAGUAACGGUAGAUCGCGCCGUGGUUACCCAGAGGAGCGCACCUUGGAGCGGCAGCUGAGCGAGCCAGCCACCCCCGCCAUGUCUGGGAAAGUGCCUGCCAUUGGCAUCGAUCUGGGCACCACGUACUCCUGCGUGGGUGUCUUUCAACACGGCAAGGUAGAGAUCAUCGCCAACGACCAGGGCAACCGCACCACGCCUAGCUAUGUGGCCUUCACCGACACCGAGCGCCUCAUCGGGGAUGCCGCCAAGAACCAGGUUGCCAUGAACCCCACCAACACCAUCUUCGACGCCAAGCGCCUCAUCGGCCGAAAGUACGAAGACGCCACGGUGCAGUCCGACAUGAAACACUGGCCCUUCCGCGUGGUGAGCGAGGGCGGCAAGCCCAAGGUGCAGGUGGAGUACAAGGGCGAGAACAAGACCUUCUUCCCCGAGGAGAUCAGCUCCAUGGUGCUCACCAAGAUGAAGGAGAUCGCGGAGGCCUACCUGGGCCGCAAGGUGCAGAACGCCGUCAUCACCGUGCCCGCCUACUUCAACGACUCCCAGCGCCAGGCCACCAAAGACGCUGGCACCAUCACCGGCCUCAACGUGCUGCGUAUCAUCAACGAGCCCACGGCGGCCGCCAUCGCCUAUGGGCUGGACAAGAAGGGCACUGGGGCCGGCGAGAAGAACGUGCUCAUCUUCGACUUGGGCGGCGGCACCUUCGAUGUCUCCAUCCUCACCAUCGAGGACGGCAUCUUCGAGGUGAAGUCCACGGCCGGGGACACCCACCUCGGCGGCGAGGACUUUGACAACCGCAUGGUGAACCACUUCGUGGAGGAGUUCAAGCGCAAGCACAAGCGGGACAUCGGCAGCAACAAGCGGGCUGUGCGGCGGCUGCGCACUGCCUGCGAGCGGGCCAAGCGCACGCUGAGCUCCUCCACCCAGGCUAGCAUCGAGAUCGACUCGCUGUUCGAGGGCAUCGACUUCUACACUUCCAUCACCCGCGCCCGCUUCGAGGAGCUCAACGCCGACCUCUUCCGCGGCACCUUGGAGCCCGUGGAGAAGGCCCUGCGCGAUGCCAAGCUAGACAAGGGCCAGAUCCAGGAGAUCGUGCUGGUGGGUGGCUCCACCCGCAUCCCCAAGAUCCAAAAGCUCCUGCAGGACUUCUUCAACGGCAAGGAGCUCAACAAGAGCAUCAACCCCGACGAGGCUGUCGCUUAUGGCGCCGCGGUGCAGGCUGCCAUCCUCAUGGGGGACAAAUCUGAGAACGUGCAGGACUUGCUGCUGCUCGAUGUCACGCCUCUGUCCUUGGGCAUCGAGACAGCCGGCGGGGUGAUGACUGCCCUCAUCAAGCGCAACACCACCAUCCCCACCAAGCAGACCCAGAUCUUCACCACCUACUCGGACAACCAGAACAGCGUCCUGGUGCAGGUGUACGAGGGCGAGAGGGCUAUGACGAAGGAUAACAAUCUGCUGGGCAAGUUCGACUUGACCGGCAUCCCCCCAGCUCCCCGCGGCGUCCCCCAGAUCGAGGUCACCUUCGAUAUAGACGCCAACGGUAUCCUGAAUGUCACUGCCUCCGACAAGAGCACGGGUAAAGAGAAUAAAAUCACCAUCACCAACGACAAGGGCCGCCUGAGCAAGGAUGACAUUGACCGAAUGGUGCAGGACGCAGAGAAGUACAAGGCGGAGGAUGAAGCAAAUCGCGACAGGGUGGCAGCCAAGAACUCCCUCGAGUCCUACACCUACAACAUGAAGCAGACCGUGGAGGACGAGAAGCUGAAGGGAAAGAUCGGCGACCAAGAGAAGCAGAAAGUGCUCGACAAGUGCCAGGAGGUGGUCACCUGGCUGGACCGCAACCAGAUGGCCGAGAAAGAAGAGUACGAGCACAAACAGAAGGAGCUGGAGAAACUCUGCAACCCCAUCAUUACCAAACUGUACCAGGGAGCAGCCGCCCCACCCGGUGGCGCCGGGGGACCCACCAUUGAAGAAGUGGACUAGACUGGACUGGACUGAACUGUACACUGUUCAGGGACAGUUAUCUUUCCCAUUCUCCGUUUUACUUUCGUUCCUAGCCUUAAAGUCCGUGUCAAUGACAGUUUAUUCUGUUUGGAUGUGCAUAGGAAGCUGAGAGAGAUCUGCUUCUAUGUGCUUACAAAGAGAAGGCAGUCCAGCUUGAGAAGGUUAGUAGCAGAUAAGUCUUUUGUUAACUCAGAUACAAAUGCUAGUAUUCUUCAGGGUGUUGUCUUUAUGUUCAUUGUCUUCUCUGAAGUGCCCACUCGAUCGUUACUGUUGACAAACAUUUCAAGUUGUGCAUGGAGAAUGUUUACCAAACGCUUUAAAAAAUAUUUGCCGGUCUGGCAUCUGGAAAUUUUGGUAAUAAAAUAAAUAUUUAAAGCAUAAA